AUGAAUUUGUCUGUUUUUCAAUUCAUUUUGUCAUUUUUGACUGUUUCUUCAUCAAAGUCAAAGGCUACCAAAUGGUUGCUGGUUUCAAAAUUGAUUCAUAAGGGUGUUAUAACAUGUGAAGACAACUCAGAGAUUGCCAAUGAGUUGCAGUGUGUGGAAGCUUCUUUAAGCAGCCUUAUAAGUGAAGCCAACAAUGGUGAAAAGUUGCAGGCUGCACAUGAAAGAUUAGAGGCUCUGGAGAAUGCAAUUGAAAGCGUUGAGAUUGGUUUGGAAAACUUAUUUAGACGCUUGAUUAAAACUAGAUCUUCCCUUUUGAACAUAACCUCUCAAUAA